AAUCAUUUACGCGGAUAAAAUUCACCAAUCACAUGUCCUGUGUCUUCUUGCUCCACGUGUCUUUUUAAACAUCGGUUAAGUGUCAAUCUCGUCUAAAAGUUAUGUUUUAAUUUAUCGAUCGGAAUGAAUAUGAUAAAAUACAGUUAUUGUUUCCAUUCGACAGUGCAAAGAACGCUUCAUUUUCCAUCCUUGUUUCCUUAAAAUUCCAUUAUUUUAAAACAGCAUUAAUUGACUUAGUCAUGAAGGUCUUUACAGUACGUCGUGGAAAAGUGAUUCGUGUUGUUCUUGUUAUUAUAGCUGUGAUGUUAACUGUUACAUUUUUUAUGCCUAAACCAAAAAGUAAAGAAGAUCAAAUAAGAAGAAAAUUGGAAAUCAAAGUUUCUGACAUUCCAUUUAAACAGGGUGCCAUAUUUCUGAAUAAAAUUGGAAAUUUUGAACCUGAAGAAACUGGCACAGUUAGAGAGGGACCAGGCGAAGGUGGUAAACCUCACUAUGCACAACCAGAGGACCAGAAUGAAGUUUCACAAUCUAUAAUGGAAUAUGGAAUCAAUAUGGUUGUUAGUGAUCAAAUUUCUUUAGAUAGAAGCAUUCCAGAUGUUAGAAUUCCAGAAUGUAAAAAGUGGCAAUAUCCAAAAGAUUUACCUAAUACCAGUGUUGUAGUUGUAUUUCAUAAUGAAGGUUUUUCUACACUUCUUCGUACCGUCCAUAGUGUACUUAAUCGUUCACCACCGCAGUUUCUUAAGGAAAUUGUGCUUGUUGAUGACUUCAGCGACAAAGAACAUCUAAAAGGCCAACUUGAAGAUACCAUUCGUCAACUUAAUAAAGUUAGAUUAAUAAGAAACAAACAGCGAGAAGGACUUAUAAGAUCUCGUACAAUUGGAGCUCAGGAAUCUCUAGGCGAUGUUGUUCUAUUUUUGGAUGCUCAUUGUGAAGUUAAUAUGAAUUGGUUACCUCCUUUAUUGACACCUAUUUAUUUAAACAGGACUGUGAUGACUGUACCUGUGAUUGAUGGUAUUGACAAAGAUACUUUUGAAUACCGUCCAGUUUACAGGGGAAAUGUACAUUAUCGUGGUAUAUUUGAAUGGGGAAUGCUAUAUAAAGAAACUGAAUUACCUGAUAAUAUAGCCAAAACUCGUAAACAUUUUAGUGAACCAUACAAAUCUCCAACUCAUGCAGGAGGUUUAUUUGCUAUUGACAGAAAAUAUUUUUUGGAACUAGGAGCAUAUGAUCCUGGUUUAUUAGUUUGGGGUGGAGAAAACUUUGAAUUAUCUUUUAAGAUUUGGCAAUGUGGAGGAAGUAUUGAAUGGGUUCCUUGUUCAAGGGUUGGACAUAUCUAUCGUGGAUUCAUGCCUUAUUCUUUUGGAGAAUUAGCAUCCAAGCGAAAGGGACCUAUUGUUACUGUGAAUUAUAAACGUGUUGUGGAAGUUUGGAUGGAUGAUUAUAAAGAGUAUUUCUAUACAAGAGAACCUUUGGCACGCCAGUAUGAUGCUGGAGAUAUUUCAGAACAGAUGGAAUUGCGAAAUAGACUUAAAUGCAAAAGCUUUAAAUGGUUUAUAGAAAAUGUAGCUUAUGAUGUCUUAGAUAAAUUCCCUCUUUUGCCAAAAAAUUUACAUUGGGGAGAAGUUCGUAGUUUGUUAACAAGUCAAUGCUUGGAUACAAUGAGUUCUCAACCACCAUCAAUUGUUGGAAUGAGUCAUUGCCAUGGCUCUGGUGGAAAUCAGAUAUUUCGUCUGAAUGCUGAGGGCCAAUUGGGUGUUGGAGAAAGAUGUAUAGAAGCUGACUCAAAUCAUGUCAAAUUGGUAUUUUGCCGACAAGGAACUGUCAAUGGUCCCUGGAACUAUGAUCCAAAUUCUAAAGUAUUAUAUCAUAAAAUUCAUAAAAAGUGUUUGGAAUUAAACCACCAAACAGGUCAUCUUGGUUUGCAGUCGUGUAAAGAAGCCAUAAAUGGCCAGAAGUGGAUAUUUAGGGAACUGAAAGUAUCGUAAUAUUUUUUAAGAAAGUAAAUUCUAUCCAAGAACAUUUAAAAAUCAGUAGUGACUUUGUACCAAGUUGAAAGUAAAUGUUGUCUUUCAUUCAGCAAGUUCUAUUUAUACUUAAACAAUGUUUUUAAAAGGCAUUCCUUAUACUUUUAGAAUGACUCCAUUCCUUUAUAUCUUGUUAAGACAAGUACAGUAUAUUGUUCUCAAUAAAGUAAUUAACUAUUACAAAUAUUAUACAAUAUUCAAAAUAUUUACAGAGUACUUUCCCAGAUAAUCAUUGCCACUAUUUUCAGAUGUUCAAAUGUAUGCCAAUAUACAACCCAUCUUUCAUACAAAUUAUUCUUGUAGUAUCAGGUUAAAAUAAUAUACUUUUUAAUGUCAAGUAAUACUAUUUACACUUGUAAUUGUUAUCUAUUAAAUGUGACAUAGCACAUUUGUAACAAUAUAUUUGUGGUGAUUGUAUUUUGUUUAAUAAA